UUCAACUUUUGUUUAUUUCGUCAAUCAUUUCAGAAGUCUAAAGACUCUACAGCAAGCUAAUCUACUCUGUCCGUUUUAAACUAGAGCCUCGAGCAGAAAACCGUUAUUCCACAAAUUAUUAUUUUGCAAGACUAUUGAAAGUGCAUUGAUGAAUAAAAGAUGUUUUGUUCGAGAUGCGAGGUGUGAUUAAUAGGUAUAAUUACAAAAUAUUUUGCAUCGAAUGGUGAUUGCAUUUUGGUAACAAGUGUAAAUGGACGUUUAUGCGGCGGCGCAGGUAGUGCGUUCGCACGCCGCAGCUUUUUGCAAGCAGCGAGAGCGAGAUAGAUAGAUAAAGCGUGGAAGAGAGAGCGAGAGCUCUUAUUGUCGGUUUUUCCUCCUCCUCUCUUUUCUCUCGCUCGAACUCUACUCUCUCUCCGUUCCGUCCGUGUCUGCCUGUGUCGGUCGUUGCGCGCUGCUGCCAAAAAGGGCAGAUAAGUGAUGCAAAAAUUGUCAAGUGUGGCGAAGCUGCUGCUGAGCUGCCGUCGGCUUGCCGCGCCCGCAGGAUGUCGAGUACACUGGAGAAUCAAAUAUUGAAUUUGCAAGAGCGACUGCGAGCGGAAAAUCAGCUGAGGGACAAGGAUAAGCAGUUAUCACCGCAGCAGCAGCCACCCACUACUACCAUCACUUCCGAGAUAAUGCAGCCCCAGCCCUCGCCCCAAACUAACUCCACUUGCCCGAGCCCUUUUGCAAGGCCCAAACUGCUUGGUGAUAUGGGGACACCCACAAGGUCAAGGAAGCACAUGGAGUUGCAGCUUUCUAACACAAUACCAUUCAAGAGACAUGAUGUUGAAGUUGAGUCAAAACUUCAAGAAAUCAUGAAGAUGAAUGGCAUUCUCACCAUUAAUGGUCAAAAAUAUAAUACUGAAAUGAAUGAUUUGGAGCAGUUGGGAGAGCUUGGUAAUGGCACUUGUGGGCAUGUUGUCAAAAUGAGGCAUAAGCCCAGUGGUGUUGUCAUAGCAGUAAAACAGAUGCGUAGAUCAGGAAAUGCAGAUGAAAACAAGAGGAUAAUUAUGGAUCUAGAUGUUGUUCUUAAAUCACAUGACUGUCCUUGUAUUGUGAAAUGCCUUGGCUAUUUUAUCACAGAAUCUGAUGUAUGGAUUUGUAUGGAGUUGAUGGUGACAUGUUUAGAUAAAUUGCUAAAGAAAAGUAAACAAGCGAUACCUGAAGAUUUUUUAGGAAAAGUAACAUUAGCUACAGUUAGAGCUCUGUCGUACCUGAAAGAGAAACAUGGAGUGAUUCAUAGGGAUGUGAAACCAAGCAAUAUUCUUUUGGAUGAAACAGGUGGAGUCAAGCUAUGUGAUUUUGGUAUAUCUGGUCGUCUAGUAGAUAGCAAAGCUAAAACGAGAAGUGCUGGGUGUGCUGCAUAUAUGGCUCCCGAGAGAAUAGAUCCACCAGAUCCUACAAAGCCUGAUUAUGAUAUCAGAGCAGAUGUUUGGAGUCUAGGUAUUACAUUAGUAGAAUUAGCCACUGGAGUAUUUCCUUACAGAGAUUGUAAGACUGAUUUUGAGGUUCUAAGUAGGGUGGUUCAAGAAGACCCACCCAUGCUACCUUCUGAUGCACCAUUUUCACCAGAGUUCAAAAACUUUGUUAGUUGCUGCCUUACAAAAAAUUAUAAGCAACGACCAAAGUAUAAUAAAUUAAUGGAACACCCUUUUAUCAAACGAUAUGAAGCUCAGCAUCAAAAUAAUACAACGCAGUCGUCUGGUUCUCAGUGGUUUUAUAACGUAAUGCGACAACUGGAGCCAAGGGGUCCCGGACGACCAUCGGGGCACCUGUCGCUGAAGCAAACCGCUCAUUUGCGUAGCAACAGUAGCGGUGGCGGCGACUCGUAUGCUCGCAACAGCGGUAGUAGCAGCAAAGAUCAAAACGGUUGCGUGGGCUACGUGCCCUACAGCUCUUAUGGCUUUCGCCGACGCGACAUGAUCGGCAACAGCAGGCCAUUCUCACCGUCGUACAGUAGCCUUCAGAGAACGUAUUCGCCUUAUCGUGGCGCCAUGAUCGACGAGAACAACGGCACUAGCAGCAGAUCAGAAUUUAUCCACUGCCAGAAUUUAUCCGACCAAGAGCCAAGGUCGUAUUCGCCGUACUAUGCUCGCGACAACAGUCAUGAACGCAGGCAGAGUAGCGGUCCUAGAUCCUUGAGUCCGUUCGCCAGGGAUUACUCGCCAUGGAGAAGGGAAAACGUCGAUCCGCCGGUCAUCCAGGUGCAGCCGGCGAACGAAAGGUACGCGUCGAUUGUACAGCAGAGACUCGCUCAGAUCAACUCUCUGCCGCAGAAUCAAGUGCAAAAUAUUUAUGCCAGUCCUAUGUUUAGUCGCAAGAGGUAUCCAUCGGAACCACCCCCACAAGGGUCGCACAGCUCGACCCUAAGCCCCCAGCUGCUUAUAUCGCGUUUUGCUCAUCAAAUGAAACAAGAACCGCCGGCUACCGUUCCCCAAGUACAAUUGGCGAAAGAAUCAUCGAAAAAACGAUUCGCUAGUUAUAUGAGAUAUAGGCUCGGCAGCGAUCGCGAGCCGUCACCAGAGCCACCACCAAGAUUCAAUCGUGGUGAAUCGCCGCUUCUACAGAGACGACAUCUCGGGGAUCAAGCGUCUCCUUUCUUUCCAAGGAGGUAUAUCUCACCAUCACCACCGAUACCACCACCACGACGGUUAUCGGAAAGCACCUCGGUACCUGGUAGUCCACAACAUCUUUUCUCACGAUUGCACCAUUACAAUACUCCGGAGCCGCAAAGGCGAGCAGCUCAACCGCCUCCAUAACAAAAGGGGCUCGGCAGGGCGAUUCACUCAUUCUUUUCACCCGUGCCGUUGUACCUUACCAAGACCGUACGCUCGCGAUUCUUGCAGAAGCAAAACGGUCAAACAUGCAGCUAAAUUGCUAAUCACAAUCAUCGUUCACACAUAUAGGGAAGAUAGAGAGAGAGAGAAAGAGAGAGAGAGAGAGAUAGUUCUUUUCUUUUUGCACAACAAGGCCAGAGAUGCGUUUGCGUAUGAAUGUGCAUGAAAGAUGCUCAACGACUUCUGUCUUUUCUUGUGUUUGUUUCUUUUUUCACCAAGCUUAUUAUUAUAUAUGAGCGCGACUUUUUUCUACGGCAAACAUGCGCUCACGCGUAAACUGUUCCUACUUUGUCGUUUACGCGAUACCUCUAUUUACAUUUUAUCAUCGCGGCAUAUACUAUCAUAGUGUUCUAUAAGCGAAGCGAGGCGAUAUAUGCAUAUAAGCAUUUUUUAAGUUGCAAUCAAAUCGUAUUGUUGAAAUGGAAAAAUUUAUUUGUUGUAAAGUAUUGUGAACGCUUAUAGCUUUUUAUGCGUAUCCAUAUUAUUAAACACACCCUCUCAUUUGUAUAUAUAUUAUAUGUCAAUGUUUAAUGCGAGAAUAUUAUUUAUCGUUGUUACCAAUGUUACGUGGCAUAUACAAAUGACGUCACUCUCUUUUUGAAAUGAAAUUACAAUUCUGUUUUUUCGUAAAAGAAAAAAAACGCUGUCACUGCUUCACAAGCACGCGCUAUUAUAUUAUAUACAUUGUCAAGCUUUUUAUCGCUUAGUCAAAAUAUAUAUAUUCGAUUGCUAAAUAUUUAUUGAGUAUUACGAGAAAAAAUAUAUAUAUCAAUAUAUUGAAUUUUUGUGUAUAAAUAUCGAAAAGCUAUAUCUAUUAAUCGUGUUUUUCAUGUGCAAGCAAUUCUCAUUUUUAUCGCAAAGCGAAUGCUUCAAAAACAAUCAUUGUACGAAUAUUUUAUCGACUUUUUUAAAUGAAUAUUAAAGUAUAUAUAAAUUCGACGAAUUUUUUAAAACAUUAUAGAGUUGAAAGAAAGUCUAGAUUAAUUAAUUAUAUGUCCUCGGCAAUAAUGACCAUUUAAUAAGCGACCUGAUAUAGACUUACACGUAACUUCUUUCUCACGUCUGUAUACCAUUGUUUUCUCUGUUUUGUUACCUUACCUUCGAUAAUUAACGAAAUAAUGAUCGAAAGUAGGUUAUUCAAAACCUCGAUAUAUAGUCGGGAAUGUCGCGUUCUAAUAAUGCUUUGAUAUUAAAUCGCUCGCGGCGAUAACGUAUUUUCGCACAAGAUGCGACUCGUACUUUUUAGCGCGUAAGUUUUUAUUGUGCAAUGAAAUCGAAAAACAAAACAAUCGUAUGGUUGACCGUUGCUAAUCGAAUAGUGAACUAUAAGAUCUUUGAGACAGGCAAGAAUUAAAGUCUGUACACAUAGAAUAUUGAACUUUGAAUGAAGAUACAAACUUUUGACUAUGUUGUACUGUAUUCACAAACAAUAUCUAGAGACGUACUCAGGACUAGAAUGUUGUAAUUAUUAUUUUUAAUUCUGUAAUAUUCAUACAAUAACUUGUAAUCAGUCUACACUCAUCCCUUACUCUUGUCAACUCAGCAAGAGUAUCUGUUGCAAUGUAAAUAAACUUAUAUUUA